GGUGGUAUACGUGACGGGCUAUCAGAGUUAGCUUAGCCUCCUCCUGCCAAAUCUCACCGGUUCGUGUAGCUGGCUGUCCCUAACCAUGUUCAGAGCCGCCGUCCGACUUUCAGUCUCCGGUGUGCGGAGUUUAACCCGUACGCAACCGAGGUGCCAAGCAAUUUUGGCCUCUAGGUGUUACUCUCAUGGGAAAGAAGAGACUGAUGAGGAGUUUGAUGCCCGCUGGGUUACCUAUUUUAACAAGCCAGACAUUGACGCUUGGGAGCUGAGGAAAGGGAUGAACACACUGAUUGGUUACGAUCUGGUACCUGAGCCAAAGAUACUUGAUGCAGCACUGAGAGCUUGUCGGAGGUUAGACGACUUGGCCAGCGCUAUCCGCAUUUUGGAAGCUGUGAAGGAUAAAGCCGGCCCUCACAAAGACAUCUACCCCUACGUGAUCCAAGAACUGCGACCAACGUUAGAUGAGCUCGGCAUCUCCACACCUGAAGAACUCGGAAUUGACAAAAUCUAGAUGAGAAGGUCUGACGUGGAUUCCUCCAGGACAAAGAACCUUGUAAUAAAUGUUUGCCUCAUAGUACGUGUGAUAUUUAAUUUGGCCUUUAUUAAGUUCUUUUGCUUGUAAAAUAUUGAUGAACCUAAUAAAGGAAAAUGUAUCUUUACUGCGUGUCACAAGUAUUUUGGGAUAUCUUUAAAAAAGUCUGCUUACUUUUUAAAAGUUUUAAUUCAUUUAAUGAUGAUUUAACAAAACAGAGCAUCAUCUAAUGGUGCAUGUUGUUCAUAUGUGUCUGGAAGUUCUUGUUGGUCACAUUUUGCCACCAGGGAGCAGCGCUUUCACAUGAAUGUAAAAAUCAUUUUACUGUACUCAUUCUGUUAUACCAUUGUUUUCAUUUCAGGGAAAAUUACAUGCUGGUGAAAUAAACAUGUUCAAAUGACAAA